AUGGAGAAUUAUGGGAAUUCGCCGACCAACAAAAGUGUGCGAGUCCCUCUACAGGACGUUUUGCCUCAGUAUAAUGUUCAGCGGGACGUGAAGACCCCCUCUAAUAAGAGGCGUUCGGAGAUUCUGCCAGGGUCUAACCUGACGCCCCUGAUGCGCAGGCUGCAGCUAAUAGAUGAUGGCCUGCCAGGUCUGGAGCUGGUUUACGAAGAUUCCGGUCAAAAAGUCUUUGUGGUAGAAGACAGUGUUUGUGUUCCCCAGACGAGGACCUUGACUCCACUGGCGAUGCAUGCAGCCGAACCUGGACUUAACAGUGCAGUUCCUGAGAUCGUGCUGACAAAGGCCAAGAAUCCGGUUCUAACGUGUGUAAAUGGGGAAGCACUUACAUGCCUUGUACACAAAGGAGAGCCAGUAAAAAUCGAGGCAAAGGAAAACCCCAAGCUGCCACUCAGUGACAUUGCCAUAACCUCAGGGUUGGCAUCAGGUGGACCUUCAAGUCUCAUUGAGACAGUGGCUGGACCAAGUCUUGGGCUCGAGGUGGCUGAAGGGAACUCUCUGCCCUCGCGACUAGAGAUGGCAGGACAGCCAGACGGACCUCAAAGCGAUUGCCCUGUGGUUUUGACAGAGAAUUCCUGUGCCAUCCUCCCUGAAAUUGACACAGCUGAGGCUCUUGAGGAAGUUCUGCUUGGUAACUUGACAUCAGUUGAUGGGUUCUCCACACCUCUUAGCACUGGAACUGUGGGUGCAAGUGUAGGGAUGUUGUCCUGCAUCGAGUUGAGGCAAUCGAAGGAUGUUGUGAAAUUUGGGGAGUUGAAACGAGAUGGGGAGGGUGGUGGGGAGGAGGUGGACCCGUGGAAGAUGGAGGCAAAGCAGGAUGAGGGGAUUACUGAGGAGGUGAGGCGAGUGAGUACAGGGCAGAUGGAGAGGGAGGAAGUUGGUCAGAGGGAGGGGGAUUGGGUGGAGAUAGGGCAAAAUGUGGGUGCUGUGGAGGAGCUGAGGCAGAUGGUAAGGGACAGCGUGAACAUAAAACAGAUGAAAGGGGAAAGGGAGGAGGUUGGGCAGGUGGAGGUGGGGCAGGAGGAGGCUGCCGUGGGAGAGGUGGAACCGGCAGAGGGUGAGGAGGUGGAGCUGGCAGGAGAGGCCAGGGAGGAGGUGGACCCAGUGGAGGGAGAUGGGGUGGAAGCGGGGGCAGCCGGGGAGGAGGUGGGCCCAGUGGAGGGAGACGGGGAGGAGGCGGGCCCAGUGGAGGGAGACGGGGAGGAGGCGGGGGCAGCCGGGGAGGAGGCGGGCCCAAUGGAGGGAGACGGGGAGGAGGCGGGGGCAGCCGGGGAGGAGGCGGGGGCAGUGGAGGGAGACGGGGAGGAGGCGGGGGCAAUGGAGGGAGACGGGGAGAAGGCGGGGGCAGCUGGGGAGGAGGUGGGGCCGGCGGAUGGUGCUUGCCAAGAGGUGGAGCAGGUGGAGAUGGGCACCAGCCCCAUGCCAGCUGCAGAGCCAUGUGCGCUGACGUGCCUCACCCACGCUGGGAUUAUGCAAACGCGGAUAAAUACCUGGACAUUGCUGGCAGAAGGAAUGGGCUGGAACCGGGUCACCUACGAAGAGGUCAGCACUGCAGUUACUCCUGUGGGAACAGACUGUCGCUCAACCUGUGUGACCCCUGUCAGCUUGGCUGAGAAGGCCAUCAAUACGUCCACAUCAGAGGGAGCCUGUACUGAAAUGAUGGACAGUGCAGUGCUCACAGAUUCUCUACUCUGGAACUUUUCCCGAGAGGCUGUGAAAUCAGUUCCACGAGAGGAUUUGGAACAUCGACUAGAGACUUCCCUGCUCAUCAAUGAGGUUCUGUCUGGCCAGCUGAAUGACCUGUCCAAGAGUAAAGGUCUGGGCCUCUGGGCUGGACCAGCAGAUCAGAGGGAUACCUUCACCCAGACUGACACUUCCCAGACUCCUGAGGUAGAGGAUCAUUACCGCAGCUUGUAUCUGCAGCAUGCCACCAGAGUGCGCGAUCUGGAGCUGGGUCUGGAGCAGUACCAGCAGCUCCACAGUACAAUCUGUAACAGCCACAAACAGCAAAAUUUGCUGAUGGAAGAGGUUGAGGAAUGUUUGGCCAGUGCAGAUGGAGCUUAUGAGGAAAUGAAGAAUGCGCGACUGAAAGUACAGGAGCAGCUGAGAGAUGCCAGGAACCUUGCCCACCAGAGUACUGCCCAGCUCCAAGCAAUGACCCAGGUAACAGCAAAGGCCCUGGAAGAGAAAGCAACGCUGAAGAAAACAGCAGACGAGGCUGAAUGGAAGAUGGUUAAUAUGCAACAGGAACUGGAACAAACUGCGUAUGAGCUCCAUGGUGCCCUGGACAAAAUCAAACGGCUGGAAUGUGAGAAUCUGCAACUGAAAUCCGGGCUGGAAAUCAUGACCGAUCAGCUAGCCAAGGUGGAGGAAGAACGAGACAAGCUGAUGAAGGACAAGGGUAAAUGCAAUGUGGAAUUGGCAAGAACUGAGGCAGCACUGAAACUUUCUCAGGCGACACUAGUUGAGAAAAAGGAAAAGUUGCAGACCUGUGAAGCACAGAAUGAGGAGCUGUCAGAUACUCUAAGGGAGAAUGUAAAAAGUCUGGAAGAGACUACAAAUAAACUAAAGCAGGAGAAGGAAGCUCUAGAGCUGUCUCGGGCUGAGGUCACCCGCUUAACUAAGGUCCUGGCACUUAAAGACGAGGAGCUACAAGAACUCUUCGACACCCGGGCCGAGGCUGCAUUGAUUGCAGACUAUAACAAGUUUAUGGAGCAGGAGCUGAAGGUGUCCCGUGAGCAUUUGAUGGAGAUGGAGGGGCAGCUCAGUGAACAAGUCCACCUCCUGCAUGAACGCAACCUGCAAUGUGAGGAGCUGCGGGCUCGGUGUGAUGAGUGCCAAAGGAAUCUUGAUACGGUUAAGGAGGACGCGCGAGAGAUGUUGCUGGAAAUGGGACAGCAGAUGAACCAGGCCACGGUAGAGAUCACUGCCCUGAAGAAUCAAAUACAAGAUGUCAUCAAGUCAACUGGAGUCACUAUGAAGAACUGCCAGCAGAAUCGUCUGGUGGCCGUUGCCAAGACUAACCAACUACCCGCUGCGACUGAAACACGGGAGGCAGCAAAGGAAAUGAAGGAAAGCGCCAAAUCCAGUGAAGAGCAUCACGAAGGGACUCUGUGCAACAUCAGGAGUGACCAGAGUGCCUUUGCUCCCAUCAGGUCAACAAUGCUGAAUUCACCAGAAUGUAAUAAAGCAGCUCCUCUUGAUAUUGAAAGCUGUCAUGGUGCCUUCACAAGAGUUGAGCCCACAACUCCCAAGAAAAUGGAAAGAGAAGAUACUCUGUUGCCGACUGUGGCUGAACUGCGAGAGUCCACCCAAAAGCUCCUUGAGGUAAUACAACUGCGGGUAAAGGACCUGCAGGACGAGAUAUUAGAAGCAAGACCCUUGGCUACAGCCUGCUCCUACCAUCAAUUCAUGAACACUAAGGCCAGCUGGAAUGUCCAAGCUGAUCUUGGUGAAUUUAGCACAGGCUAGGGCUACAAGGAGCCUUCACAUCAAUACACCUUAGCUGCUCACUGGACAGUUCCUGACUCUGAUUUGUGAAGCUGAAAAUUGGGAAGGGAGCAUGACCUGUCACCUGCU